AUGCGGUGCAAAAAUUUAUUAUUUGCAUUUAUAAUUAUUCUAGCAGAGGAGGUUACUAGCGAAAUUUCUGAAUUCACAACUCAACAUUCAACUAAACCUUUACCAACUACUUCAAACAUCAAAGAACACGACUUAUUAAAUGAUGAUAAGGCCAAUGCUGAAGAAUUAUUUCAUAGAGCAUUGACGCUGUUACGUUCAUUGAAGAUAUCACCAUUCAAAAAGACAUCAACAGAUAAUGAUUCAGAUCUUGAUAUUUUAAAUUUGAUAUAUAAAUAUUUUCUUAGAGCUGUUUAUUAUGUACUUGGAAUACCAACUUCAGUUAUGGAAGUUUCAGAUAUAGGGAAACGACCAGUACCAGAAAUAAAAAAUCUAAAAUUAUUAAAAGCUAUAGAAUUGUUAAAAAAGGCUGCCUUCGAAUAUCGUCACGAUGAUGCUUUGUAUACUUUGGGUGACAUGAAUUUUUAUGCAAAAUAUACGCAUCCUCGUAACCUUACUGCAGCUUUUAAUUAUUUUCGAGACUUGGCAAUUAAAUCUGGUAAUUCGACAGCUCAACAAAUGAUUGGUUUUAUGUAUGCAACUGGGAUUGGUGAUGUUAUACAGAGAGAUCCGGCAAAGGCAACGUUAUAUUAUACAUUUGCAGCACUUGGUCGUGAUACUGCUGCUGAAAUGACUUUGGCAUAUCGCCAUUUAAUGGGAAUAGGUGUAGAAAGAAGUUGUGAAGAUUCUGUAUUUUAUUAUAAACGUGUAGCAGAUAAAGCUGUUGAAUAUUACAAAUCAGGACCUCCUGGUGGUCGUCAACUCCCUCCAACGAAAAUAAGAUUAUAUGAUGAAGAUGGUGGUGUUUAUGGGUAUGGUGCAAGCGGAUCUGGUGCUGGCAGCUCAGCAUCUAAAUUAAGUGAUCAAGGUGCCUGGGAUGAUGUAUUAGAGUAUUAUCGAUACAUGGCUGAUAAAGGUUUAGGAAAUCUUUUUUAUCAAGGAACAAGAAGCAUUCCACAAAAUUUUAAACGAGCAUUAAAAUAUUUAAAACUUGUAGCGAAUCAACAUUGGACAUCUGAAACUUCGGAUGAACCACCUCCAACUAAUCCACAAUUUGCUCAAGUUGUAGGACAAGCAGCAGGUAUAUUGGGUCAAAUGUAUUGGAGAGGUGAAGGCGUUGAACAAAAUACUCGAACUGCCAUCAAAUGGUUUCAAAGAGGCGUAAGUCUUUCUAACCCUGCUGCAUUAAAUGGAAUGGGUAUGAUGUAUAUGGAGGGAGUUGAAGUUAAUAAGAAUUAUGACAUGGCUAUGACAUAUUUAAAACAUGCAGCAGAUUUGGAUUAUCCUGAUGCACAAGUUAACUUGGUUCAAAAAAACGAAUUACAAUCAGCAUUUGAAUGUUUUAAGCAAGCUGCAAGUCAGGCAUAUCAUUUACUUGCUCAUUAUUACUUGGCUGAAAUGUAUUCGCAAGGUUUAGGUGUUGAACAAUCAUGUACUACAGCAGCAGCAUUAUAUAAAAAUGUCGCAGAACGUGGUGAUUGGCUUCAUUCCCCAUUUCCUGAAGCACAUAAAGCAUAUACUUCAGGUGAUAAAGAAAGUGCGUUGAUUUAUUAUUUAUUGGCAGCUGAAAGGGGAUAUGAGAUUGGUCAAUCAAACGUUGCAUGGCUAUUAGACAGAGACAAAUCAAUGUGGCAUUUAACACAUUCAACUCCCAACUUCGAUCCUAUUCAAGAUAAAUUAGCUUUAAUAUAUUGGACUCGGUCAGCAAAUCAGGGAAACGUCGAUUCUAGAGUAAAAAUGGGCGAUUAUUAUUUCAAAGGGUUUGGUACUGAGGCAGAUUAUGAAAAAGCUGCUGCAUGUUAUCAAGUUGCUGCAGAAGCUGAUUUUAGUGCUAUGGCUAUGUGGAAUAUUGGAUGGAUGUAUGAAAAUGGAAUAGGAUUUCCCAAGGAUUUUAAUCUUGCUAAGAGAUGGUAUGACAAAUCAUUAGAAGCCAACCCUUAUGCUUAUUUACCAGUAACGUUAUCAUUAAAAAAACUAUCCUUAAAAAGUUUUUGGGAAUAUAUAGCAGGAUAUAGUAUAGGAGGAAGCGAGGGUGGUAGUGGAGUAGAUGAUCAUGAAAAAAAGAUAUGGAGAGAUGAAUCGAUGAUUGGCAGUGAAAAGGAUGAAACGGGAGGAUCGAUUGAACAAAUACGCUCGAUGACAAAAGAAAGCGCUAGUCCCAAGCAAGGACGAAAAGAAUGGGAUAUUAUUGGACCAGACGGAGAAAAAUUACUUGAAAAGUAUAAUGCGCGUAAAAAUGGAGAGGAAGAUUUGGAAGAUUCUUUGGGACUGCCUGAUAAGGACAGUGAACAAGACG